AUGGUAGCCAAUGCAGGUGUGGGGCCAACAUGCCCCCUUGUUGAGAUGGACGUGGAAACCUGGGACCGCACAAUCGCUGUCAAUCUGACAGGUGUCAUGCUGUGUUACAAAUAUGCUGCACUACAGAUGAUCAAGCAGAAGCGGGGCGGCAGGAUACUCGGUGCCCUGCGGUGUUCCGCUUAUUGUGCGACGAAGUUCGGUGUUAGAGGAAUCACGCAAUCGCUCAGUUUGGAGAAAUAUUGCACAGCGCUGGAGUUGGCGGAACUUAACAUCACAGUCAAUGCAUACUGCCCUGGCGUGAUCGUGUCUCCGAUGACCACGCUGGAGAUGGAUAUGCGCUAUGGAGGGCGCCCUGGCGCCACCAUCAAGGCGCUUUUGGGAAUUCCACUCGAUAGCCCAGAAGUUGGUCCAGACGUCAUUGCUAGUGUGGUGUCGUAUCUUGUCAAGCCAGAGGCAUACUUCAUUACUGGUCAGUCCAUCGACGUGAACGGGGGCACGUACAUGGGGUAA